GCCUCCUCCUUGCCCGCCGCUCCAGCUGUUCCUCGCCGCUGUGCUCCCUCCGCCCGUCAGCCCGCUGCCGUGCUGUGCGCCCGCAUAUCCGAUGCUGCAGCGACCAUGACAGGCAUCGCCGCUGCUUCUUUCUUCUCCAACGCUUGCAGGUUCGGCAGCUGCGGACUUAACUUCGACUCUCUGGCCGAGCUCAUCGUGCACAUCGAGGAUAACCACAUCGACACAGACCCUCGCCUUCUGGAGAAGCAGGAGCAGCAGCAGCCCACCUAUGUGGCCCUCAGCUACAUCAACAGGUUCAUGACAGAAGCUGCGAGGCGGGAGCAUGAGGCGCUGAAGAAGAAGGUGCAGCCCAAGUUAUCGGUGUCUCUGACGGGCAGCCUGUCCCGCAACAGCGUGUCUACGCCACCUCGCCACACCAGCGGGAACCUCACCCCUCCAGUCACCCCUCCCAUCACCCCUUCCUCGUCCUUCCGCAGCAGCACGCCCACAGGCAGCGAGUGCGACGAGGAGGACGUCGACUUUGAGGAGUCCGACAGCGACGAGUCGUGGACCACGGAGAGCGCCAUCAGCUCAGAAUCCAUCCUCAGCUCCAUGUGCAUGAACGGAGGCGACGAGAAGCCCUUCGCCUGCCCCGUGCCUGGCUGCAAGAAGAGAUACAAGAAUGUCAACGGGAUCAAAUAUCACGCCAAGAAUGGCCACAGGACACAGAUUCGGGUGCGCAAACCCUUCAAGUGCCGCUGCGGGAAGAGCUACAAGACAUCUCAGGGUCUUCGUCAUCACACCAUCAACUUCCACCCGCCCAUCUCCGCCGACAUCAUCCGCAAGCUGCAGCAGUCGUGAGGUCAUAAGGUCAUGCCUGAAGGUCAACAUCACCAGCAGCAGUGUUUCUUCUUCACUCUGUCACACUAUACGUCUUCUUUAUUUGCAUGCUUUGGAACCCACAUGACUCAUUAGGAUUCAUCCACGCUUCUUUUUAACUUUUGUAUUUUGCACAGUCAAGCUAUGAAAAUGUCGAGUUUAUUUUUAACGUAUAUUUUUUUGGGGGGGAGGGACCUAUGGUGCUUGUUGGUGAAAGAAAUCGCCUGACGUGUCGUUUUUCAUCACCAUGCCUUGUCAAUGCCAAAAAUACACCCCUUUUGAAGGCCACAACAUUAGGUACACCAGCACAAUAAUGACUGAAUAAUUCCAUGUGAGGAUUUUAGCAUGUGCCUAAAAUUGUGGCCGGUCAGAGUACAUCUCAUUUUGUUAUCGCCCAUGUGUGAGCACCCAACUCAGGUGACGUUUGCAAGCAUUUCAGCAACGUGUUCGAACAGUGUUUUAACUCCUCAAUAUCAAGCACUUUUUCUCUCUUAACAAGUUGCCAACCAAUGAGCAUUUUUGCCAACCUCACGUUCCUAGUUUAUGUAAAUAUGAAUAGUAGGGGUGUCUCAAUACGAUACUGAUAUUGGAUAACGGUUCGAUAUCAGCAAAAGUGCCGGAUGAUAUCGGCUACAAGCAGUCCUGCAGAGCGUUGACUUGGACAGCCAGUUAUCAUCUAAAUGUCCUCCAAAAAGCACACAAGGUUGGUCUAUUUUUCUAUUUUAGUCGAGACAUUUACUAAAGGUAAACAUGUAGUCUCUCUGUGCUAGCAGCUACACAACAGCUAAGCACACAAAGUAGAAGUGCUUAAUAAGUGUUUAAAACAGGACAUUUUUCAAUAUAAACAAGUAUGAAAUAAUCAUAGUUUCAUAUUACCGAUACGAAAAGUCUACAAGGCAGGAGUGUCUUAGAAAGUGUCCAGUAACAAACGUGUCUGCAUCAUCUUAUAACUUACUGUGACAUGAGUCUAACUUCAUGAAUCGUGAUGGCCAAAGAAACAAUUACCACUCCACUUCAACUUAAUGAUUGCGUAAGUCUAUUCCAGAUGGUUAAUAAUAAAUAGGUUUGUGUUUUUCACACCUGCCAUCAGUCUCAUUUCCCUUUCGCCUAAUUUCAGUAGAUCAAACAUUUUCCAACAUUCCACUCUACAAGAUGAAAGUGUGUAUUAUGAUUCCUGCUGAUAUCGUAUUUGGAUAAAUAUCUGUAUUGACCAAAAGGCUCCAAUAUCAGUAUUGGAAAUGAAAUAGUUGUAUUGGGACAGCCCUAAUAAAACGAAAAUGAAAGUAUACAAGAGCUACUGUAUACCGACAGUUUGGCAGUCAAAGUUUCCAGUUUUGUGAUGUUUGUCUUUGUCUUGAAUCGUCAACCAUUCCAGAAUCCAGAUGGUGUCAGUGGAGGCAGAUGUUGGAGCAGGGGUGUCUGAACAAAACGUGGCUACAGGGACCAUUUUUACUUUUGCAAGCUUUUUUAUUUUUAUUUUUAUUUUUUAAUUGAUUCUUAGCAUAUUCUGAGAGAGUCAACAAUUCAUUAUUAAUAGAAUGUCAUAUCUCAAAGACUAUAAAAAUGGGACCUAUUACCUCCCUGCUUGGCACUCAGCAUCAAGGGUUGGAAUUGGGGGUUAUAUCACCAAAAAUUAUUCCCGGGCGCGUCACCGCUGCUGCCCACUGCUCCCCUCACCUCCCAGGGGGUGAACAAGGGGAUGGGUCAUAUGCAGAGGACAAAUUUCACCACACCUAGUGUGUGUGUGACAAUCAUUGGUACUUUAACUAAAAACUAUAUUAUGAGUAGUGCUGUCAAAAGAUUGUUUUUUAAUCAGAUCAAGCACUUUUGAUAUGGAUUAAUCGCAGCAAAGUAAUCAGUUUCUUAAGUUAAAUAACUUCAAAAAAGACCCCAAUAUUUGGACACAAAUGCAAUUUGAUAGUCAGAAUAUCAUACAGGGACGCAUUUUAAAUGUGUUGCUUGAAUGCACUACAUUUAUUUGCUCAAAACAUGCGGACAGUUUUAAUUCAAGUCCAGUGCGGGUGUAUUUUUAAGUGAAAUUUGCACAUUCGGAGUCUCUGCAAUUAUCUGAUGUUUGCAUUGACCUGACUGUACAACAACACACACCUUUUUGGUAACCAUUUGUGGUUAAAAUAAACUGUGAGAUUAAUCUGCGUAUAUGCAUGAUUAAUUGUGGUUAAUCACAAUUUAAUGCAUUAUAUUUCACAACCCUAAUUUGGAGAUAUUACGGCAUCAUGCGACCCUCGUGAGUAGUUUGGACACCCCUGCAUUCCUGAUGUCUAUUUGUAGUUGUGAAGCUGUGUUCUAAGAGCUAAAGGAGGCCUUUGCACUACACUAGUUUUCAUGGUAUUAAAAACAAAAAGUGCCACCAAUCAUGUUUUAGAAAUCUAUUUUUCACUGCAUGGCAUGGGUGUUUGCAUUUUGAUGGAGAGUUGUGACAGUGUUGUACUGCCAGACGUCUUUAAUAAGCGUGUACAGUGAAUGUAUUAUGCUUCAAGUGCAUUAAAUUAUAUUUUCAUAUGUUUCUGGAGGAGGGGUGGUAAAAAAAAAGACUAUAAUGUAAAGAAGGUAUUCAUGUUUAAAAAAAAUAAAAAUAAAACAAGCUGCUUCAUGUA